ACGGGCGUCACCGGCUCGUUCACGGUUCCGACACUUAAUGUGCCUGAGGGCGAUGACCCGCAGGCUCUCUACGCCGUAGCCACCGCAAUGGGCCUUGAUUGGCUCGUCUGCCAGAAUGGUGGCAUCGUAACUGGUAUUAUCGCCACCCUUCAGAACGGUACAGAGACAUUUACUGCCUAUACCUUCGGUUUCCCUGGCAGCACCAUCCUCAUCUCGGACUUUACUGUCUCGGCAGGCGACAACAUCACGGUUAAUGUCACUGCGACGAACGCGACGUCGGGGACGGUGGUCAUUACCAACCAGAGCACGAAUCAGACCGUCUCCGAGGUCGUUCCCUCCGGCCCUCUGUGCUUGGAGGAAGCAGACGUGCUCAUAGAAUUCUAUAAUUUGGAUGGGACCCAAGUUCCCUUUGCCGACUUUGGCACGCUCAACACCACUGGUGCAUCUGCCCAGACCUCCUCAGGUCCUCUCGGCUUCUCUGGCACGACCACUUUCGACUUGGAGCAGAACGGCACUGUUCUUACUUCCGUCUCGGCCUCGAACUCGAGCGUCCAGAUCACGUUCCUGUAA